AUAUCUGUGCUAUCGUGCAAAGGUGGGAAACUAAAGGAGAGGAGUUUGUCUUUUCACAUCAUCCCUGAUUGUGAAUUCGCAAUGUGGAGGUGUUUUCGAGCUAAAUGCGGCUGGGCUGGUCGGGUUUUUGCAAAGGACAGCAACUUGCACGGUUAUGGACAAAUGACUGAAGAGAGCUUAGGAUUGGAACCACUUGGUCCCAAGCUGAUUGCAUACUUUAAGGAGAGACAAAUAUCCGAAAAAACGCUAAGCAGAAAUGCUGUCAGGCAAAUGUCUGAGAGUAAGGAAAUCAUUGCUUUUACUUAUAAACAGAAUGGAUUGCUUGUUGGUUGCAAGUUUAGAACAAUGGAGAAAAGAUUUUGGCAGGUAAAAGGCACUGAGAAGAUGCUGUAUGGAAUUGAUGACAUUAAUCAUGCCUCUGAAGUCAUCAUUGUUGAGGGGGAAAUUGAUAAGCUUUCACUUGAGGAGGCUGGCUUCCAGAAUUGUGUCAGUGUUCCAGGGGGUGCACCUGGAAAAGUUUCAAAAGAUUUACCACCAAUAGAAAAGGAUACUGCAUAUCAGUACCUGUGGAACUGCAAAGAGUACUUUGACAAGGUAGUUCGCAUCAUCCUGGCAACUGACAAUGAUCCACCAGGUCGAGCUUUAGCAGAUGAGCUGGCAAAGCACCUUGGGCAAGAAAGGUGUUGGCAAGUACAUUGGCCAAAGAAAGAUGAUACCAACUGUUUCAAAGAUGCAAAUGAGGUUCUCAAGUACAUGGGAGCUGAUACUUUGAAGAGAAUAGUUGAAAAUGCAGAGCCAUAUACAAUUGCACACUAUAGGUAUUAGGAACACACAUGAUCAAAGAUUGUAUAAUUAAAAAUGUGAAAUGAAGAAAAUAUUUGCUGGAAGGGUCUUAGCAGGAACAGAAAGGCUCUUAUCUUGGCAAAAAAAAACUCAGUUAGAAAUGAUAGUUUGAAUCUUACACAAGCAGUGAAAUCCAGAGGAGCUAUCUUAGAAGACAUUUGGACGCUGUUUGAUGUGGAAUAACAUGGGUGCCAAGAGAGGGUAAAAAAGGAAAUGCAGAGUUUAAAUCAUCCCCCAGCAUUCCAGCAAGACUUUUGAGCAGCAGAGUAAGCGAUACCCGAAAACCACUUUUGAAGCCUGUACUCAAAGGGGUCCAGGAACAAUGGUACAACCAGGUGGUUUCAGGUCUCACGCGCAGGUGGAGAGGGAAACGUAGUUGGGGCUUGGAGUUUCUGUUUUUGAGUCUGGGUUAGGUUUUUGGCCCGGUCCAAAGAUAUGACAAAUCAUGAAUAAUUUGACUGAGAUACUGUAAAAUAUUUGAGAUCCCAAAGUAACUUUGACUGCAAAUUGGGUUUUGCUCACCAA